GGAAAAUGAGGAAAUUCAUGGUCAUCCUGCUGUGUGUGAUUGUGUUCCCAAAAGGCCAACGGUGUGAUAGCAGUGGCUGUGUGACCUCGCUAAAACGGGACAUUUUCAGACUGCUGGUCAAGUGGGAAGAUGCCACUUGUUUCCAGAACGAUCAGGGCCUGCCCCCCAACCUGCUCCAGACCCUGCCUCGAAGCUGCAAGGAAAUCAAAACAGCGCUAGAAGGAGCUGCAGAUGGCUUGUAUUACCUGGCCACGGAAGAUGGCGAGGUCUACCAAACCUUCUGUGACAUGACUACCAAUGGAGGCGGCUGGACGUUGGUGGCCAGCAUCCACGAGAACAACAUAUAUGGGAAGUGUACUCCGGGAGACCGCUGGUCUAGCCAACAAGGGAGCAACAGCAACUACCCCCAGGGGGAUGGCAACUGGGCUAACAAUGCGACUUUUGGAUCUGCCAUGGCCUCAACUAGUGACGAUUUCAAGAAUCCUGGCUAUUAUGAUCUUGAAGCACGGGAUUUGGCCAUAUGGCACAUCCCCAACAACACCCCUAUGAAGGAAUGGCGGGAUGCUGCCAUCUUGCGGUAUCACACUGAGACGGGCUUCUUGUCUGCUGAAGGGGGGAACCUUCUUAGACUCUACCAGAAAUACCCAGUAAAGUUUGGAAUUGGCACCUGUGCAGAUAACAACGGACCUUCUGUACCAGUUUUCUACGACCACGGUAAUGCCGAGCAGACAUCUUUCUUUUAUGCUCCAAAUGCUCGAGCUCAGAUUGAACCUGGCUUCAUUCAGUUCCGGGUGUUUAAUAAUGAAAAAGCAGCCAUGGCUCUGUGCGCUGGAGUUAGAGUCACAGGAUGCAACUCAGAACAUUCCUGUGUUGGCGGUGGAGGAUAUUUUCCACAAGGAAAUCCACGGCAGUGUGGCGACUACACUUCCUUCGACUGGGAUGGCUAUGGGACUCACAGUGGCUGGAGUGUUUCCAAACAAUUAUUGGAAUCUGCAAUGCUGAUCUUUUACCACUGA